AGGAACUUUGUUUCUAUCAUUUGGUAUCAGAGCCCGGUUACGAAUACGAGUUCAUCACAACUCUUAACCGGAAACUAGUUCAACGUUUCUGAUUCAAUUGAAUCUCCAUCCAUCCUCCGAUCCAUCUUAGCCCCCACCACCUCAUACCUCCAUAACCCUUCUCCUUACCAACACCGCCACCUAACUUCUCCACUUUGGUGCUCGUGUGCACAAGGAAGGAAUUGAUAUUCCUUAUUAUUUUGCUCACUAGAAAGAAACCGUUUGGGAAUAGCUUCCCUCAAGCAAAGCCCUCCGCAGCAACGUCAUCCCUAGCAAGUUUUUGCAGCCCACCGCAACCACCUUCAAUGACAACCAACUCUCUCGACGCCCUUCCCGCAGCAAUGGCGGCAGUUGAAGCCACCCUCACUCAAGCCAUCUCUCACCAGUUCGCGGAACUCCGUGCGAUGAUCGCCGACCUGGCCCAGUCCACCACCGCCAAAUACAACACCCUUGAGCAGAGGGUUCAAGCACUCGAGCGACUUCCGGUGUCGGUUGCGGCUGCCACAAUGAAAGAAGUGGCAAUCACCGCACCAGCUAGGCAGAUCGAGUUGCCCCCACCACCACCAAUGGCGGACAAGGAGACGCCAAAGGUUGCCUUCCCGGAUGACUCCACUGCACCGCUAGCCAAAGCGACGACUGUUGGAAUUAAUCGAAAUACGUAAUUCCCCAGAAUACAUCUUGUCAGAUUAUCAAAGGCGAAUAGAUCUAAAUACCUGGAUUCAUGAUGGUAGAUCGCCGUGAGCUUGAUGCGGAAUCUGUAGAACGAUCUUUAACCGGACGAUACCUCAGAAGCACGAUCCGGGAAGUUUAGUGGCCUUCCUCAACCAAGCCUUCUUAGUCCACUCGCGGGAAACCUCACGUAUUCCUGAUGGGGAGAAUAUGUGUGUAGUUUUGGUCUUGGUGUCUUGGGGACCACAACCUCUAGGUUCUUUAUAUACUAUGUUUAGCUAGGGUUCCCAUAAAACCCUAAUUAGGUUUAGUAUCUGGUUUCGACUCAUUGGGCCCAUAUAAGAUAUUGAGUAAUCUUGGGCUCCAUAAUUUGACCACUUAUAAUUAGCCCACUUUAACAAAUAACUAAUACAAUU